AUGAGGUUGGCCACGAUCAAGUUCACCGCGUUCAGCACAAAACAGACCCAAAGCUGGCCCUUCUGGGCCAGAAUUCCCGUGAAGUUUGGCGAGAUUGCUCUCACGGCCGUCUUGGCUAUGUUCACGGUUCCCAUGACUUUGGGCAGCUCCUCAGGACUCGUCACAGACGUGAGUAGGAUUUGUCUCGGUAUGACAUCAAAUGCAGUGAAAGUUUGGUUAAACAGUAAGAAAACAGUAGCCAGGGGCAGUGUUCUUCCUAGUAGAGGUAUGCAUAGCAGUGCAAGUCCGCAGGGUAUUUGGGUGAAGAUAGACGAUUUGAUAGGGCCGACGUGUUUUGCAAACCACGCCGACGGGAACGCAGCAAAUGCCUGA